AUGGGGAGGGCAAACAGGAUGGAUACCACGACCUCAAGCUUUGUGGACAGCGAUUUUCAAACGCCAAGCAAGGUGUUUGGGUCCUCUGGAACGGGCACCGGUGCUGGCUACAAUGGCCGAUCCCAAGCUGCUGACCUUGACCUGGAUGCCCUGCGCCUGAGUGGCGGCAACUCAGGAACGGCCUCCGACCUGGCUCGCCAGUCCCUCUACCGCCGAUUUGACCCCGCCUUUGCGAGCCCCGCCAACACACCCGAGCCGGCCACCUCAAAGACCAACUCUGCUGCCGCCGUCGGCGCGCCACCGCCGGGCAAGCUCCUGGACAUGGCUACCCCGGAAGCAGUUCGCCACCACCGCCAACUCCCGUCGGGCCCCGGCACAAACUCAGCCACCCCCACCAACCCAUCCGUUCCCGAUUUCCUCUCCACAACCCUCAAAACCCAUUCAGCCGCCCCCACAACCCCCUCCAUUGCCGAAGCCACCCCUUCCAACAUCAUGGCUGCCGUCAUCCCCUCUGGUGAAUUUGCUGGUCGCUCUGUCGAGGAGCUGAUUGAGGAACUGCGCGUGGCCCAGGAACUUGAGGCAGAGCUGGAGAACAAGGAAACCGAACUACGAUAUGCCCAGGCAGAUUUGCACAAGGCUGAUGAGUCAUACCGGGCCCUGCACGACCGAUUCCUCCGAACCCGAACCAAUAUCGAGCACCUGCAAGAAAACGAGCGCAAGCUCAAGCAAACGGUCACCGAACUUCAGAAAGUUAACGAGCAGCUACGCAAAGAGCACCAAGCCAUGGCGGACAAGAUUGCCACGCAAAUCAACUCGGUGAACCAACACAUCUCUGAGAUGGAAAGCAAGCAUAGUUCUGAGCUGGCUGCUGCCGAGACCAAAGUUCGCAUGGCACAGACUCGGCUGGAGCAGACGCAACGCGAGCUCGAAAACAAGACGCAGGACAACAAGGAGCUGCAAGAAAUCUGCGACUCUCUCUUGGCGCGUAUCGAGCAAUGA